AUGGCGCCGAGGAUGGGUCGAGAUAUCAAACAGUCGGUCCCUCUUUUUCCUGCCACCAGCAUCAGGCUUCUGUUAACCUUCCAAAGAUACUCGUUGAAGAGUUGCCGGACCAGUAACCGGAAGAGCCUCAUUUUAACCAGUACAUCACCCACUCUCCCUCGACCACACUCACCUCUCCCUGGACACAUAGGAAGUAGUCCAUUGGACAGCCCAAGGAACUUCUCCCCCAGUGGCCCUGCCCACUUCUCAUUUGCCUCCUCUAGAAGGGCGGACGGUCGAAGGUGGUCCCUGGCCUCUCUCCCCUCCUCUGGAUAUGGCACUAACACACCCAGCUCAACGUCCUCCUCCUCGUCACAGGAGCGGCUGCACCAGCUGCCCUUCCAGCCCACCAUGGAUGAGCUGCACUUCCUGUCCAAGCACUUCGGCAGCACCGAGAGCAUCACCGACGACGACGGGGGCCGCCGCUCGCCACACGUGCGCCCCCGCUCCCGCAGCCUCAGCCCGGGGCGCUCACCGUCUUGCUAUGACAACGAGAUAGUAAUGAUGAACCAUGUCUACAAGGAGCGCUUCCCCAAGGCUACAGCCCAGAUGGAGGAGCGUCUGUCAGAGUUCAUCCAGAACUUCUCCCCGGAGAGCGUGCUGCCGCUGGCUGACGGGGUCCUCAGCUUCAUCCACCACCAGAUAGCAGAGCUGUCCAGAGACUGCCUGACCAAAUCACAGGACGGACUCAUCACAACGGUGUAUUUCUUUGAGCUGCAGGAGAAUCUGGAGAAGAUGCUCAAUGACGCCUAUGAGCGUUCUGAGAGCUCUGAGUUGACCUUCGUCACUGAGCUGGUCAAAAAGCUCUUCAUCAUCAUAUCUCGUCCCGCCCGGCUUCUGGAAUGUCUGGAGUUCAACCCAGAGGAGUUCUAUCACCUGCUGGAGGCAGCGGAGGACCACGCCAAGGAGGGACACCUGAUGAAGACGGACAUCCCUCGUUACAUCAUCAGCCAGCUGGGUCUGACCCGGGACCCUCUGGAGGACAUUGUGAGCAUGGACAACUACUAUGACAGUGAAGGUCCCCACACCCCAGAGCCAGACGAUUCCGCAGAGGGGAAGAUGAAAGCCAUGAAGCCGCCAAGUGAAGAAGACUUUCAAACCAUCAAGCUGAUCAGCAACGGAGCAUAUGGUGCGGUGUACCUGGUACGUCACAGGGAGACCCGUCAGCGUUUUGCCAUGAAGAAGAUCAACAAGCAGAACCUGAUCCUGAGGAACCAGAUCCAGCAGGCCUUCGUAGAGAGAGACAUCCUGACCUUCGCUGAGAACCCCUUCGUGGUCUCCAUGUUCUGCUCCUUCGAGACUCGCAGGCACCUCUGCAUGGUCAUGGAGUAUGUUGAAGGGGGAGACUGUGCCACUCUGCUGAAGAACAUCGGGGCGCUGCCCGUGGAACUCACCAAAAUGUACUUUGCAGAGACCGUGCUGGCACUGGAGUACCUACACAACUAUGGCAUAGUGCACCGAGACCUCAAGCCUGACAAUCUUCUGAUCACCUCUAUGGGCCACAUCAAGCUGACCGACUUUGGCCUGUCUAAGAUGGGUCUGAUGAGCCUCACCACCAACCUGUACGAGGGACACAUCGAGAAGGACGCACGCGAGUUCCUGGACAAACAGGUGUGUGGCACCCCAGAGUACAUAGCCCCGGAGGUGAUCCUGAGACAAGGCUACGGGAAGCCGGUGGACUGGUGGGCCAUGGGCAUCAUCCUCUAUGAGUUUCUGGUGGGCUGUGUGCCCUUCUUUGGAGACACGCCUGAGGAGCUCUUUGGACAGGUCAUCACAGAUGACAUAGUGUGGCCUGAUGGAGAUGAGGUCCUGCCUGCUGAUGCCCAGGGACUGAUAUCAACCCUGCUACAGACCAAUCCACUGAUGAGGCUGGGUACAGGGGGAGCGUUUGAGGUGAAGCAGCACUCGUUCUUCUCUGACCUGGACUGGAACAGUCUACUGAGACAGAAGGCAGAGUUCAUACCUCACCUGGAGUCAGAAGAGGACACCAGCUACUUCGACACCCGUUCAGAUCGUUAUCACCACAUCAAUGCGUACGAUGAGGAUGACACCAACGAUGAUGAUGAGCCUGUUGAGAUCAGGCAGUUCUCCUCCUGCUCCCCUCGCUUCAGCAAGGUGUACAGCAGCAUGGAGCACCUGUCCCAGUUAGAGCAGAAGGCCCCCUCAGUGACUCGACGGGAACACAAGGGCUCCCGGGAGGACAACAAGGGGAAGAGAGAGAGUCUGGGAAGCUUCCCUAUCAGGGACAAGAGCUGGAGGACCGGAUCACCUGAGAUGAAGCGUCUGUCCGGUUCUGAGUCCCUCUACAUGGACGGUGACUCCAGCCCUCCCCUCGGGGCCCGGCGCCGUUUCUCCGCCCUCAUGGACACGCAUCGCUUCGCCUCACAGCAGGAGGACAACCCAGACCCCCUGACACGCCAGCCCCCUGUCAAGGCUAGGGGGACUUCACUGGAGGUGGCCUCCGUUCCCUCCACACCCCCCUCCACCCCCAGCACCACCCCUGACCCAACAGAGGAACAUGUAGGAGAGAAACCACCAAGGCCAGGCGAGACUCUGGGAGCCACGCCCACCCCCUCCACUACUCCUGGACCUACAUCAGCCAAUAGGGAGCUGGGGGCAGGGCCUGUGUAUGACCCCCUGGGCCCCCGGGCCACGAAUGACCUGGUCCUCCGCAGGGCGAGACACCAGCAGAUGUCAGGAGACACAGGGGAGAAGAGGAACUCACGGCCUGGCAACAAGGUUAUCAAGUCAGCCUCGGCCACAGCCCUGUCUGUCAUCAUACCUGCAGUAGACCAGUACGUCCACAGUCACAGCUCCCCCUUGGCCAGCCCCAUGUCCCCCCGCUCCCUGUCCUCCAACCCCUCCUCCCGGGACUCGUCACCCAGCCGUGACUACUGUCCGGCCCCCGCCGUCAGCGUGCUGCGCUCUCCAAUCACCAUCCACCGCUCAGGAAAGAAGUACGGAUUUACCCUCAGGGCGAUACGGGUCUACAUGGGAGAUACGGAUGUUUACAGUGUCCAUCACAUCAUCUGGCACGUGGAGGAUGGAGGCCCCGCCCAGGAAGCAGGACUGUAUGCUGGUGACCUCAUCACCCAUGUGAAUGGGGAGUCUGUCCACGGAUUGGUCCACACGGAAGUGGUGGAACUCAUUCUAAAGAGUGGCAACAAGGUGACAGUGACCACCACACCGUUUGAGAACACCUCCAUCAAGGUGGGUCCGGCACGCAAGUCCAACUACAAGUGCAAGAUGGCCCGACGCAAUAAGAGGCCCAUCGGCAAAGAGGGACAAGAGAGUAAGAAGCAUAGCUCCCUGUUCAGGAAGAUCACUAAACAGUCCAACCUGCUCCACACCAGCCGCAGCCUGUCCUCUCUGAACCGCUCUCUGUCGUCCAGUGACAGUCUACCAGGUUCUCCCUCCCACAACCUGUCAGCCCGCUCCCCUACACAGCAGGGAUACAGGUCCACACCUGAGUCCUCCUACCUGGGUGUGUCCUCUCAGAGCAGCUCUCCUGCCUCCAGCACCCCCAACUCCCCUGCCGCCUCCCAGCACAUGCGCCCCAGCUCCCUGCACGGCCUCUCCCCCAAGCUCCACCGCCAGUACCGCUCGGCCCGCUGCAAGUCCGCCGGCAACAUCCCCCUCUCCCCCUUAGCCCACACACCAUCCCCCACCCAGUCCUCCCCUCCCCCACUCCCAGGCCACACCAUCGGUAGCUCCAACACCACCCAGACCUUCCCUGCCGGGGCAAAACUCCACUCAUCACCACCCGUGGUCCGCCCCAGGCCCAAGUCCGCCGAGCCGCCCCGUUCCCCACUCCUCAAGAGGGUCCAGUCGGCAGAGAAGCUCACCUCGCCACUGUCUCAUUCCCAGUCGUCGAGUGGUGGGGUGGGAGGGCCUCUGAGGAAACACAGCCUGGAGGUCCAGCACUCUGACUUGUACCGCAAGGACCAGUUCCACUGUUGUGAGCUGGGGCUCCAGAGUUUGUUGGAGACGGAAGGGGAGAAUCCACCCGAGUCGGGGGUGCUCAAGCCGAUGAGGAAGUUAGGGAGGCAGGAGUCGCCGCUGAGUAGGGAUACACUGCUGGCUGGUAUCUUUAGGAGCCAUCCAGAAGGAGCAGAGAAGAGCCAGCGUCAGACAAACAUGUCUAUCAAGCAACAGAGCCUCCGAACAGCCGUGAGUACAAGCCCUCUCAGCCAAGACUCCCAGGAGAAUUACGGAGAGGACAGAACGGAACCAAAGCUAAAUGGAGACAACAAGGUGUGUCCUCCUCCUCCUCCUCCUCCAAGGGCCAGCAUGCCCUGUGGGGGCCCUCUAGGGAGAGGCACUAGUCCAGACAGAGGCAUGGGUAUGGGUGGAUCAUCAAUAACGUCAGGGUCUACAGGUAUGUUCAAGGCUAGUAGUAAUCCAUCAGGAAUAGUAGGAGAGAGCCUGAGAAAGAAUGGAGCCGAGAACAAUGGCUCUCCAAAAACUUCAGAACUGGGGUUGAGAAGCCCCAAAAGCCCCAAACCUCCAGCCAGGGCCCUGGCUCCGGCUGUUCCACCCCACGGACAACCCCUCUCCCUGGGCAAGGUGAGGCAGGGCCUGGGGCCUGUCAACUGCUACCGAGGGACCCUGGACUGGGAGGAUAAAUGUCGGCUGGAGGUAGUGGAAGAACACUCUCCAUCCCCCUCCCCCUCCCCCACAGGCGUCACCCCCUCGCUCUGCGCACCCUCCUUCUGUCCGGGCAGGUCCAGGCCUGUUUCCCCCGGCGACAAGACCAGCUUUGUCACCCAGCUGACCAGUGCCGCUAAAUUGGUCCUGGGGCCUAUAAAGGGGUCAAUGGUGUCCCAGUCCCAGGAGGGGCCCAAGGGGAAGGAGCUGAAAGACAUGCCCAAGCCGGGUGAGGAGAAGCAAGGUGCCUCGGCAGGAAAGUCUGAGGCUUCGUCCGGACUCGGAGUCCGGAUGGUUGGCGGUGGCACCACAGUGGCCCAAACUCCAGCCAACUCUGUUCCUCAGCCUGAUAAGGCGAACACAGGUAGAAACCCCCCCAAAUUGUAA